CCCAACACAACUGACUCGCUCUCCUCAGAGAAAGUUCUCUCCAUCUGAAAGAAUGGCUCCAACCUACAAGACUGACUACUCUAAACUUUCCAACAAGGAAAAGCAUAAAUUGAGAAAACCAGUGGUGGAAAAGAUGCGCCGAGAUCGCAUCAACAACUGCAUCGAGCAGCUCAAAUCCAUGCUGGAGAAGGAAUUCCACCAGCAGGAUCCAAACACCAAGCUGGAGAAAGCCGACAUCCUGGAGAUGACGGUGGUUUUUCUGAAACAGCAGCUGCAGCCCAAGACCUCGGCUCCACAGAAAGCCCACUUUGACGGCUAUUCCCAGUGUUGGAGGAAGACCAUGAGCUUCUUAUCUGGAAACACCAAGGUGGACGCUGUACGUCAGCAUCUGAACCACUGCCAAGAAGCCCAGAGAUCAUCUAAAGACCUCACUCACGUGUCCCCAGCUUCCCAUCAGCCCACCAAGGUGAAGCAGGAACCAUGUGCUCACAGACCUCUCUGGAGACCCUGGUAGACGAUGAAAGA